CCUCCUCCCCACCCAUGCUGGUUGUUGCAGACAAGAUGAGCGCUUGCGUGAGGCCCUCCCCCAGCGCUGCCAUUGAGAAGCAUUUACUCAGAAAAUACUCGAAGGACCAAGGUGAUGUAAUAUUUUGUCGGUACAAAGCCAAGUGUGAGCAGCUGCUUCUAACUAACAGCAGGCAAAUACUUGAAGGACGAAGAGAAAGUGAUAUUCCCUCAGUCCAAAGCCAAGUGUGACCAGCUGCUUCUAACAAACAGAAGAUCUCCUCGCGGGUUUUGUCGGGUUGCUGAAGCUUUUUGCUGUCGGGGAGAUACUUUCAAAAUGAGCCGAGAUAAAACCAGAACAGCUGCCGGACUGACAUAGUAAAUGUGGAGCUUUUGCUGAACUCUGAUCGAGUGCAAUAAGGGAGGGCCGCUUUUAAAUAUUCUCGAAAAACGGUGUCCGCAAUUAAUGCGCUCACCUGGAAGAACGUUAUCGAAUGUUUUAUCAACUUAUCGGGUGUUUUUGUAAUGCGAAAUAAAUUAGUUGCAGAGUGCAGAUUUUGGCGCUUUUUUGUUUCCGCUUGCAUUUAAUGUUCAGAAAAUCCGAUUCUUGGUCAGAAAUUGACAUAUUCAAGGAGGUGAGGGAAAGGGAGAUUAUGUAAAGUAUACAUUCAGAAUCUAAAAGUAAAUUAACUCGAGUAUUCGUGCGUUCUAUUGUGUUAACCUUCCUACUUUUUGGUACAUAUUGGCGGGCUUUUCAAAUCAGAAAGAAAGCAUUUGAUGAUUUGGCGCCGGUAUUUUCCGGCCUCCUCCCCGGGCCCUCUCCGGAUUGGUGAGUGAAGCAGAUAUCUGAUUGGGAAUUGAAACGACAUUAAGAGAAGCUAAACAAUGUGGCCAAUCAUCAAUGACCACACCACCAUUCCUCCCGAAGGUAUAGGAGGCCGGAAUGUGGGCGGGUUGCAGCAUUUUCUGUGAAAGUGUUUGUGAGAUUAUGGUCAUGUAUGGGAGAGGAAAGGGCGCUGGUGGGAAAGCUCGCUCCAAGGCGAUGUCCCGGUCGUCCCGGGCUGGCCUGCAGUUCCCAGUGGGCCGUAUUCACAGGCUCCUGAGAAAGGGUAACUAUGCUGAGCGUGUGGGUGCCGGAGCGCCGGUCUCACUGGCUGCGGUGCUCGAGUAUCUGACAGCUGAAAUCCUCGAACUGGCCGGUAACGCGGCCCGGGACAACAAGAAGACCCGCAUCAUCCCCAGGCACCUCCAGCUGGCCGUGCGCAACGACGAGGAGCUCAACAAGCUGCUGGGAGGGGUGACCAUCGCUCAGGGUGGGGUGCUACUUAAUAUCCAGGCUGUGCUGCUGCCCAAGAAAGCCGCCGCUGGGGGCGCCACUAAAAAGUGAAGAGACCGUUAUUUCAUCUGAGAACCCAAAGGCUCUUUUAAGAGCCACCCACAACUUCAGUGAAAAGCAGCUAGACCAUCCCCUCUGUCGGAAUGUCUUUUUGUGCAUUAAUUGUUUGAUGUCCGUUUCAGUCCCUUUGUUAUUUGAUACUCUUACUGUCACUGUGUGUAUGAUCUAACAUGAAAUCUUGACUAACAAGCUGCAGUCAGUCACGUUCACGGAACAGCUGAAAUGCAUGGAGAGUGAAACGUUUAUCACGAAUUUAUCAUGAAUCGCAAUUGUAAUAGCGUUCGGAUUGCAUUAUUUGUUAUUGCUCUGUAACUGCCUGUGACUUUAAUCAUCGUCAUAUAAAUGCAUUUGUGCCUCGCUCAUAA